AUGGUAAGUCAAGGCAUGUUAUUGGAGAAUACACCCACUGCGCGCUCUGAGAGUCCAGUUACCUCGCAGAUGCAUGACUCCAGCGAUGCUGGGAUGAAAGGAGAAGACGAUUCUUUCGAGCACACCGAGAAUACAGCAACAUACCAUGAGUUUGCCAAUAUAGAUGAGAAGAAGGUGUUGCGCAAAAUGGACCUGCGGCUUAUACCGACGCUCGCGCUUCUGUACCUGCUGUCCUUUUUGGACAGAGCAAAUAUCGGCAAUGCAAAAAUAGAAGGCCUGGAGGCCUCGUUGGGAAUGACUAGCCCUCAAUUUAAUUGGACAUUGACCAUAUUCUUCUUUGCAUAUGCCGCGUUCGAGGUACCCUCCAACCUGCUGCUUAAACGCCUCAGGCCCUCGGUUUGGCUUCCUUCCAUUAUGGUCGCAUGGGGAACUGUGAUGACUCUCAUGGGAACCGUCCAAGGAUAUCACGGGCUGCUCACUGCCCGUUUUUUCCUUGGCGUCACGGAAGCGGGACUCUAUCCCGGACUCGCUUACUACAUCACGAUGUGGUAUACCCGACACGAAGCUCAAUUUCGCCAAGCCUUAUUCUUUAGCGCUGCAAGCAUGGCGGGUGCAUUCUCAGGGUUGCUGGCUUUUGCCAUUGCUAAAAUGGAGGGAGUAGGAAAUUAUGAAGGGUGGCGCUGGAUCUUCAUCCUCGAAGGGCUUGCGACGGUAGUUGCCGCGAUUGCGGCAUACUUCAUACUAUACGACUUCCCAGAGACAGCUUCGUUCCUGACCGAGGAAGAAAGAGCCUGGGUGAUUCACAGGCUGAAGUAUCCGAUCUCCGAAGGUACUGUUCAUAUGGUCGCGCAGAGUGAAGAAUUUCGGUGGAAAUACGUCAAAGAUGCCUUUUCCGAUUGGCAGAUCUAUCUCGGCGUGGUCAUGUUCUGGGGCAUCGUUUGCCCGCUGUAUGGGACAGCUCUCUUCCUUCCAACGAUUAUCAAUGAUCUGGGAUACAAGUCAGCCACUGCCCAGCUUCUCACCAUCCCCAUUUACAUCACCGCUGCGGCCAUUGGUAUAGGGGCAGCCUAUUCCUCCGACCGUUACGGGCAGAGAUCCCCUUAUCUGCUCUUCUUCCAGUUCUUCAUAUGCAUAGGUUUCAUUAUAACUAUGGUCGCUUCGGCUAAAGGAGGCGUUCCUGGUGUCGUCUAUGCUGGGGUGUUUAUUGCUAUCUGUGGUAUUUACACUGCCGCCCCUGGUAACAUAACCUGGAUCAGCAACAAUCUGGCCGGCAGCUACAAACGAUCAGCCGGAAUGGCUAUUCAAAUCGGCCUGGGUAACUUGUCAGGAGCAAUGGCGUCCAACUUCUACCGUGGCAGAGACAAACCAAAAUAUAUCCUUGGCCACGCACUGGAAUUGGGCUUCGUGGUAGCAGGGGUCAUUGCUGUCUUGGCACUUCGACUGAACUAUCAGCGGAUCAAUCGUAAGAGAGAUCGCUGUGGAGUGCCAGACCAACUGACCGCGGAGGAUCUCAGUCAGAUGGGUGAUCGCGCCCCGACUUGGCGGUACAUGUUGUGA